CACACCGGUUCUUAUUAUUGUUGAACAAAUAUACAACAUGGAUCAGCUCACAAAUUGCAUCAAAGAAGUAGAGAAGAUAAAAGAAAAUGGCGGAAGUGAGUUUCCUUGGCAUGCAAGCAAUGUUGAGACAUGGAUGAGCACUGUCCAAUCUGAUGCAAGUAUUUGUAUCGAUGGGUUCUCAGGCCGGGCUAUUGGGGGAAAGACGAAAGCCAUGAUCAAGGCCAAGGUGCUUAAUCUUGAACAGGUUACAAGCAUUUCUCUGGCCUUAUUCAACAGAUAUGCUGCAAGAUACAGAGCCUCUCAUGCAGCAAAGCCAAAAGUUUAGGUCUUUGGAGUAUUUCAAAUAUUUUCUUCUAUUUUUAUAAAUUUAUUCUUCUGUU